GCGAUCUGUAACCUAGAUGGGCCCCUCGCCUGCACGGCAGCUUGAGUUGAGUAUAAGCCCUUGCUUUACUCAGCCGAUAACGUGCCCAGAAUCAGCCACUGUGGGGAUCGGCUCACCAGAGUGGCUCUGUGGCCAACUUAAUCAGUGUCUGGGUCCCUGGUUUGAUGGAUCGCAGCUGAGUGGCCCCAGGGGCGCUGACGUCUAGUGGAUGCUGAGCUCACCCGCCCAAGGCGAUGCUUAGCCCCCCCAAGCAGGAGUGUGUCCUCACAAAAGCUCAGCUCAGCAGGACACCGUGAAGAUGGGGGUGCAGAGAACUGCUGUCCUGCUCAUGGUGGGGAUUGUGGCUAUGGGAACACGAGGAGACAGAAGGGAUUUGUAGCAUGUGUGGGUGUGUUACUGUUCCUUGCUGGGGCCUUUAGCCUGGCCUACAGUGCUCCGAUCUGUAGGGCUGCAGUCUAAUUUCAUUCUCGCUUUUGGCAGACCCUGGCGCAAUGUCCCGAAGUUUGGACGUAUCCCUGGAUAAUCCCUGGGACAAGCUUCAGUCAGUGUCCGUGACUCUGUCCUCCUCCUUGGAAGAGAAGUCCAUUAUCCAGCCCAGCCUGCCAAGCACAGAAGAGGCCCAGCUACCCAACUCCGCAGAGGAGGCGGCCAUCACACAGCCUGACAGCAACACCCCAGAUUUCUUGGAGCCUUCCAGCCAGCAGUCCCCUUGUAGCUUAUCCCAGAAUGAACCAGUGGAGACUGUAUCCCCAUCACUGCUGUCCUACAGCAGUACAUGUCCCCCAGAGGCUGCCAGUCGAGGAACAGCUGCUGCCACGUUCCAGAGGGCACCUGAUGUGGAUAAACACCCUGAUGCCAGCCAUGACGUCCCCUGCGGCCAGCCAUCUGGAGCUUUCCAAACCAAUCUGUGCCCUUUCUCUCCUGCUCUUCCCAUUUUGGGCAGCAUCAACAGCAGAGCAGCACCCCCUGCAAAUGGAGGGCAGGCUGAGCUUGGUGGCGCGGCUUCCCUCCCAGAUGUGGAGAACAGUGGUCUGCCAAGCUCUGAAUGGGACACUGAGCUGGGGAGUAGAGCUGGGGGAAAAGAUCUGUCCAGGAGCAGGCAGCACAGGGUGACUAAGAGAAAGCUGCUGGUGGAUGACAAUAAGGCCCACGGCGAGGUUUUGUCCAAUCCAGGCAAAACCCAUCAGAGAGCACAGAGGAAACCUCCCCAUGCGGAUGUGCCCAUGGGGGACGAGCGCUGCGUGGACGUGAACAUAGUGGGCCAGAACCCAGGUAUGGAGUUGGUGAGUGCUCAGAGAGCCAAGAAGACCAGGCUGGAGCAGGCCGGGCCAGCUCAGGAGCCUGCACUGCCCGGGGACCUGGAGGGGCUGCCAGGAAGGGGAAAUGAGAGAGCAGCAGUCAGGAGCGUGGCUGCGUCCGGGCCAGGCCAGCACAGAGCCCAGGAACAGAAGUAUGUGAAAACAGCCCCAUUUCAAUACGCCUACACGGCACCAACGCCAGAUCUCUGUGCCCGAGUGAACUCCACCAGGAUCUCGAAGGCGAUGCUGCGCUGGGCCUGCUGGGUGAUCACCAGAGCUGAGCAGGCCUGAGCGAAGGCCCUGGGGGAGUUCCAAUGUGCUGUACCUAGGUUCUCCUGUUCCUGUUCACGGCUUACCCGAAGGGACGAGCAUGGAAGGGUGUGACUCGAUAGCCAUGCAGAGUAGGCCCUCUGGGGCCAAAAGGAAGGUCCGCUGGCACUCAGGUUACCCAAAAGGCACUCCCAGUCCUAACGACUCCUGCCCAGCCUCUUGGACUAGCUCCUGUGCCAUAUGCUGGGAGU